AUGAAAGGAAUUAUAAGGGCGUUACAUGAGGGUUUUAGUGCACCACAUCACCAUCGAUAUUGUUUAAGGCAUAUAAGAGAUAAUUUCAAGAAAAAACACGGUGAGAUUAAUUUGCAAAAUCUUUUGUGGCAAGCCGGGUGUGCGACCGACACAUUAGUGUAUGAACAUUGCAGGGAGAAAAUCAAGUCUUUGUCAUUAGAUGCACAUAAUUGGAUUGAAAAUAACUUGAAGCCUCAAUUCGAGCAUCGGUGGGCAUUAUGUAAGGAUGAGGGUGUGCGGUUUUGCAUGAUGACGACUAAUUGCUCCGAGAGCUUUAACGGCGUUCUUAAAGGAGCACGAGCUAUGCCAAUACAAUCUUUGGUUGCGAGAACAUUCUAUAGACUAAACGCAUACUUCAACAAAAGGCGUGGUGAUGGCAUAGACUGGACAACACGUUACACACCAAAAAAUGAGUCCAUUUUGCAUAGAAGAAUUGAGGCAGCAAGAUCAUGUCAAAUUACUGUAUUCAACGACAACGAAUGGCAGGUACAAGAUUGUGACGGUAUCUACACCGUUAAACUAUUUGAUGUUGAUUGCACUUGCACAUGUAACAUACCACAACUCCAAAAAAUACCCUGUGCACAUGUGCUUGCGGCUUCUUCUAAUCAGCCGGGAGGUGCUAGAAUUCCCAGAAAUCGGUAUUGCUCGCCUUGGUAUUCAACAGCUCACUAUCAAAAGACAUAUAGUGAGAGUUUUCAUCCACCUGAUGAUAGUCGGUAUUGGCCUGAAUAUAAUGGACCACAUAUAGUUCCACCUCAGUACCGGAGACAAGCAGGUCGACCACGAUCUGUGCGAAUUAGGGGAACCAUGGAUCAAGGGCGAGAAGGAGUGGUCAAGCACAAAAAAUGUAGUCUUUGCAAACAACCGGGACAUACUCGACCUCGUUGUCCAUCUAGACACAAUAGAUAGCAACUAAUUGGUAAUUUAUAUCAUUUUUUUAUUUUUAUAUACUUUAAUAAAGAAACUGAAUUACUAUCAGCAUCGUUCACAUAUUAUAUCCUGUACAGAG